CGCAGCCCAGCCUCGGAAGCAGCCAUGAGUUUGGAAGCGAUCCGCUACCGCAGGGGAUCCCUGCAGAUCCUCAACCAGCUCCUGCUGCCCCAACAGAGCCUCUACGAGGAAAUCGGCAGCGUCGAGGACGGCUGGAGAGCCAUCCGCGCCAUGAAGGUGCUACGACGGGGAAGGGGAAACGCCUAAGGGACCCGAGCGAUCUUGGGGCUCCGCGUGCUGCUCCCCGGCUGUGGUCGCGCACCUUUAUCAGCUGCACAGCAGGCAGCGGUUCAACAGGAGAAGCUCGUGCCACGUGGAGGGGCAGUGAUAGGAGAAAACAACUCCCGUUUGAGUUCCAGCCCGCAGUUUGGGCGGUAGAGCUGCGGGACUGUUUAUCAUUCAGAUAAAGGAACCGCGACAAAGAGUGGCAGGCAGAGGAUUCAGAAGUGAAGGCAUAUGAGCAGGAUAUUUUUUUCCCGUAUUGUGGGGGGAGGCAAAACAUUACGGGCCGAAAAGAAUGGGGUUCAUCUUGUGCAGAGGUGGAUUUUCUUUUAAAAAGGGAGGACACUUGGUUUUCUCCUUCGUGGCCAAAACUAAAGUUUGUAAUUGCUGCUCACGUGAAGAGUUCCAUCUGUUUAGCAGUCGCGCAUUCAGAGUUGAGGUGAUGCAGCUCCUGUUCAGAAAGUCAUUCCCAGGAAACUAGAGUGACAGGCAGGGUUUGUUUCUAUUUAUAAAGACAGGCUUGAGGAGCCUUUGACCUUCCAGAUGUUGCCGAACUACAAUUUCUUGGUGGGGCCGAUGAGAACUACAAAAUGGAGUCUUGGGGUGGAUGGGAACUGUAGUUCAGCUACAUCUGGAGGGCUUAAAGUUAUCCAUACCUGGUUUAGAACAUGUGAUCUCUUCUCCCCCCACUGAAGGUCUGAAGUAAUGCAGGCCAACAAGAACUGACCACAUACCAUUCUGCUGUUCAACUUGCUAAUUGCUAUCCAUGUUCUUUAAAUUGUUUUCUCCUAAAGUUCCCAUAAGAGGCCAUUAAAAAUCAGUUCCCUACGGCACAUUCUGUGUUAGGAGUGACAUAAAAAAAUUAUCACACAUAAUCUACAUGCCAGUUGAACUGUGUGCAGCGUUGCCAUGUGCCUUGUGGAGAAGUCACAUGUGUUUAAGUGCAAAGCCAUUGCACUUUGCACAUGCUAGAAUGAUCCACCUCCCAAACAAAAAUGCUUUUCAGCUGCCUGUUCUGGGGCAGGCUGUAAGUAGCGCUGAGGGACAAAUUAAAGUGAAUCACAACUCAUUUCCUGUGUAGUAUGGUGCUUACACUCCAGUUUCCUUUCCCUUAGGUGCGAGGUGCUCCAGCCAUCGCCAUUGUCGGUUGCCUGAGUCUGGCAGUGGAGCUGCACACCAAAGGAAAUGCAGAGCAGACUGUGGGCAGCCUUGAAAAAUUUGUGGGAGACUCGCUGCGCUACCUAGAGAGUGCCCGUCCUACUGCUGUCAACAUGGCCCGGGCAGCUCAGGAGCUGGGCCACUUUGUUCGCCAGGAGGCCAAGCGUGAAGGGAGCACUGCCGAGAGUUUGCGAGAAAGGUGAGGGCUCAACAGCUUCCCAGUCUCCCCACACCUUUUUUUUUUAGGCGAGAACACGCAGGUUAAUGUAACCUCUUGUCACAGCGUGAUCAGCUGGGCGGAAGCCAUGUUGGAUAAAGACCUGAAAGACAACAGAAGCAUCGGGGAGCAUGGGGCAUGCCACCUCCUGCAGCACAUAGGGAAGGACAAGGUGACUGUCAUCACCCACUGCAACACGGGCUCACUGGCCACUGCUGGGUAUGGCACUGCACUUGGUAAGUUAUAAAUUGAUACCUCGGGUUACAGACGCUUCAAGUUACAGACUCCGCUAACCCAGAAAUAGUACCUCAGGUUAAGAACUUUACUUCAGGAUGAGAACAGAAAUCGUGCUCCGGUGGUGCAGCGGCAGCGGGAGGCCCCAUUAGCUAAAGUGGUACCUCAGGUUAAGAACAGUUUCAGGUUAAGAAUGGACCUCCGGAACAAAUUAAGUUCUUAACCCGAGGUACCACUGAAGUCCGAAAGCAUCACCUAAGCUCAAGUACAAAACCUCUCAAAGCAUGGGGCACCUUUCUCAUGAGUGGUGGUUCCCUCUCCCAACCCUCUCAUAUUGUUCUCUGGCUCCCCACUGUCCCUCCCUUGGCAGAUAAAGGAAGGAGCUAGGGAUCCUUCUGAAAAAACAAGGUUGUAUAUGGAGUGACAGCUGACACAUUCUCCCUAGUGUCAAUAUUGUAUGAUGUUGCUUGGUAGGUGUCAUUCGCUCUCUGCAUGCCAUGGGUCACCUGGAGAAGGUCUACUGCACAGAGACGAGGCCGUACAAUCAGGGAGCCCGGCUGACUGCUUACGAGCUAAAGUAUGAGGAGAUCCCUGCAUGCCUCAUUACGGACAGCAUGGUGGCUGCUCUCAUGAAGCAGCUCAUUGGUGCAGGUGAGCGCUGGUGUGCUUCUCUCUCUCUCCUAGUUUGACCCUUAGUGUUGCAUUUUGGUUUAGCAAGGAAGCUUGAUAUGUAGCAAUCAGGCUGCCUUCUGGAGGUAGUUUUGCUAUUAGAACAACUGUUGGUGGCUUGAGCAUCUCUUGAACACGGAGGAAGAAUUGGGACAAUUUAGCCAAUGUGGCACACUGGUUUGAGUGGGGAAUCCAAGUCUGAGUACACAGGCCCUCUCAGAGACCCAGGACCUUUCCAGCUUUUGAGGCCCUUAAGUCAGUGGCAGCUAGCAGACCUGGCAGGGCUGCUACAAGGUCACAGGGGUGUGGCCAGUGAGGUCACAGGGGUGUGGCCAAGUUGUUCUGGAUUUCUCCCCCGUUCUCCUUCCUUGUAAACAUUCCAUGGACACUUAAGCACUGCGAUUUUAAAAUUACUUAGCACUCAACUAAUUUGAGAAGUGUCUUACUGUGGUUUAGAAGUGGUGCCUGCUGUCACAGUUGCUCCUCUGCUGAGAGAAAAGUUAUGUGGCCUCCACCCAUUCCGAUUCUAUUUUUUUAUCAUCUUCCUUUGCAAAGAUACAGCGGACACUUAAACAUUACAGUUUUAUUAAUUCUUGGCACUUAAAGUGUCCUUCCUUGGUUCAGAAGGGCUACCUGCUGUCAGUGUCUAGUGUGGGCUCAUGUCACACUGAAUUCCAUGUGGAUUGCUUUCUCUGUCACCUGUCUUCCAAGGCUAAACAUGCCACAAAUUAUUAGUAUGAGCACUGCUUCACCCAUCCUGUAAUGGGGAAUUUCAAAAGGAAUCAAGUGCAGCAUGCAGCUGGGAAUUUCUUUUAUGUGUAAGGGGCUUGUCAUCCUCUCUUUUUACCCCAGCUGUCAUCGUGGGAGCAGACAGGGUUGUUGCCAAUGGAGACACUGCGAACAAAAUCGGCACCUAUCAGCUGGCUAUUGCUGCAAAGUACCAUGGGAUCCCCUUCUAUGUGGCAGCACCCAGCACCUCAUGUGACCUGACCUUGGAACAUGGCGGGAAGAUCGUUAUUGAGGAGAGGCCAAGUGAAGAAGUGACGCACAUCAAUGGUGUGCGGGUUGCAGCACCAGGUACCGAAGUGUGGGAAGGACAUGUGCAAAGAAAUGGGUCAUUCAGUGAGACAUUUCCAUCUUCAGUUGCAGUGCUUUAACAGGUAGACACACCAGGCUCUGUACUCUGGUUUUUACAGUAAGCCUAAAAGAAAGUCAAGGAAAAGUGGCUCAAGUAUCUCAGAAUCCAGCAGACAGCUACUUGUCUUUGGCCAGGCAUGGCCAUCCUGUGACCUUCCCAAUGUUAGACUACAACUCCCAUCAUCCCUUCUCUUUCCAGAGGCAAAAAUGCAUGGGCUCCUUUGGAAGAGUGGAAUGCAAACAUAACAACUGAAUAAAUCAAAAUAAGCAAGCCUUUCCAUUUCUACUCCAUCCCCAUAAUGUUUUGAUUUAUGUAUUUAGGGACUAAACAUCUCUGAGUUCUUGUGCCUUUUCUUUUGAGGUGUCUGCCUCCUGUCUGCAACACUGGGAUCAUGAAACAUAGAAGCAGAGAUUGGGGGCAUUGAGCGAGGACAACCUUUAGCAUGCUGUUGGACCGACUGUAUUCUUUCUGCUUCCUAGGCAUUGACGUUUGGAACCCAGCCUUUGAUGUCACCCCUCAUGAGCUGAUAACUGGUGGCAUUAUCACUGAAUUUGGUGUCUUUGCUCCCGCUGAACUUAAAGCAGGACUGACACAGGCAGCGAAGAAAGUCUGAACAUGUUGAGCUGGGCUGCUUUGUGGAUUUCUGGAGAAGAGUGUGACGAGGAUGAAUCAGCUGGAGAGAUCAGUAUUUGAGCUUGGUGGGAUAUAUUCCUGAUUCAGCUCUCUGGCUUUGUAUUUAUACAGUUGUCGAUAAAUACUCGUUACCAUUCCGCCAAACCAGUGGGGUCUAUGCAAAGGACAUAUACUUUCCUUGUGUCUUACGUUGCAGAUUGGAAAUCCAGAUCAGAAGGGUUGUUCGUGUUUCCAUCCAGUUAUAGCAUCUGUAUUAAAUAAUACAGAGGAUGGUGAUCUGGCUCCUACGCCAUUUGUGGUUCUUUAGAUCCUUUGCUUCUGCCUCAGCCAAGAGAGAUGUUCCUCUUUUACUGGAGCAACAAAGAAGAGUUUGAGACUUCUUUCUCACUACACCCUUAGGGCACAACUUAAAUCCUUGCAUAUUCUUUAGCUCCUUCGAAAGAAAGCUGUGAGGUUCCUCUUUGCACAAAGGCAAAAUUAAUUCAUGUGCGAGCUUAUCUGCCGAAUUGUAGCUAGCUGCUUUGGUUUUGCACUCUGUAUUUUGCAUAUUCCCUUUUUCGCUUUGCAGUGUACCAUGCUAAAAUAGACUUCCUUUGACACAAUGUGAAAUUAUAUGAAUUCUGCAUUCUACUAUUAUUUGGCUAGAUUGGUGGGCACUAGGGUAUUGGGGGGGGCAUUGUUGAUCUGCUUUUCUGUACUGGACUGUGUGGUGCUUUUAAACAGACUCAUUCGUUUUUCUAAUAAAAAGAAUAAAAAUAUUUAAGCUGAAUUUUAUGUUUUAAACACAUGUAAGAAGCAUCGUUGAAGGCUUUGUCCUGGAAGGCAGCAUAUAAAUGCCAGGAGUGAAACAAAAUAAAUUGUGGGGUGGGGAGCCUGGUGUAGGAAGAGGUAAAAGAGGGGUGAAAAUCCAUUUUCUGACUAUACCUUCUGUAGUAUGUAAGACUUGGUUUUCUGGACCAGACUAAAUUUACAUCAAAUCCAGCACUCUUGUCUUCAAGCUUAGCCCACCAGCUGCUCCUGGGAGGCUUGCAAGCAGGGCAACAGGAGAGUAGCAAUCUACCCUUGUUUGGUUGUCUGCUAAUUAGAGUGAAAUUGUUGCGGAGUUCGUAUAGGGAACAUGAAUUAUUUGUUUAAAAGAGCUUUUCUGGAGCUUUUCUAGCCUGGAGAAGAGGAGGUUAAGGGGUGAUAUGAUAGCCAUGUUCAAAUAUAUAAAAGGAUGUCACAUAGAGGAGGGAGAAAGGUUGUUUUCUGCUGCUCCAGAGAAGCGGACACGGAGCAAUGGAUCCAAACUACAAGAAAGAAGAUUCCACCUAAACAUUAGGAAGAACUUCCUGACAGUAAGAGCUGGUCGACAGUGGAAUUUGCUGCCAAGGAGUGUGGUGGAGUCUCCUUCUUUGGAGGUCUUUAAGCAGAGGCUUGACAACCAUAUGUCAGGAGUGCUCUGAUGGUGUUUCCUGCUUGGCAGGGGGUUGGACUCGAUGGCCCUUGUGGUCUCUUCCAACUCUAUGAUUCUAUGUUUUGUUUCCCUUGUAGGGCACACGGUUUUGUUUUUUGAAUUUUUUUAAGUAAUACUAUGCAAUGUCAAAACAUUCUCCCCUUCAAAGUUACACUAAUAUGGCAAAAAGCCUAGAAUAAAAUUUAAGAUAUUAACAGAUGCGAAGGAAAGAGGGGGAUUUGCCCUGCCAGAUCUUAAAUUUUAUUAUGAAUCAGCCGCAUUUUGCUGGCUGAAAGAUUGGCUACUUCUUGAAAAUGCGGACAUUUUGGAUCUAGAAGGCUUUGAUAAUGUGUUCGGAUGGCAUGCAUAUUUGUGGUAUGACAAGGUUAAAGCGCAUAAGGCCUUUAAGAACCAUGUUGUCAGGAAAGCAUUGUUUAAUGUUUGGGUGAGAUAUAAGGAUUUGUUGGAAAGUAAAACACCAAGGUGGCUGUCACCAAUGGAGGCUAAGGCAUUGAAAAAAACUAAUAUGGAGACAAAUUGGCCAAAAUACUGUGAAAUUUUAGAACAAGUUGGAGAUAAACUAAAAUUGCAGAGUUUUGACAAAUUAAAAACUAAAGUUCGAGAUUGGCUUCAUUAUUAUCAAAUAAGGGAGGUUUAUAACAUAGAUAAAAAGAUUGGUUUCCAGGAGGAAAAAUCCAAAUUGGAAACGGAAUUGUUAGAGCCUAAAACUAAGAACUUGUCAAGAAUGUAUAACCUGCUGCUGAAAUGGAAUACACAGGAUGAAAUGGUUAAGUCUGCUAUGAUUAAAUGGGCACAAGAUGUUGGGCAUAACAUUAUGUUUGCUGACUGGGAACGGUUAUGGACCACAGGUAUGAAAUUUACGGCUUGUAAUGCCUUAAGAGAAAAUAUAAUGAAAAUGAUUUAUAGGUGGUACUUAACCCCAGUCAAGCUAGCAAAAAUCUAUCAUUUGCCUGAUAAUAAAUGUUGGAAAUGUAAAGAAAAUGAAGGUACUUUUCACCUUUGGUGGACGUGCCCAAAGAUCAAGGCCUUCUGGGAAAUGAUAUAUAAUGAAUUAAAAAAGGUAUUGAAAUACACUUUCUUGAAGAAACCAGAGGCCUUCCUCUUGGGCAUGGUCGGCCAAUUGGUGCGAAGGGAAGACAGAAAUUUUUUUAUGUAUGCGACAGCAGCAGCAAGAAUUCUCAUUGGGAAAUACUGGAAGACACAAGAAUUGCCUACCCGAGAAGAAUGGCAGAUGAAAGUGAUGGACUAUAUGGAACUGGCUGAGAUGACCGGCAGAAUUCGAGACCAGGAAGAAGGGUCGAUGGAAGAAGAUUGGAAAAAAUUUAAAAUAUAUCUUCAGAAAUACUGCAAUAUAAAAGAAUGUUAGAAAAAGGUUGGAAAAGAAUAUUAGGCCGUAUUGGCAGAUAUGGUAUAAUGGAGUAAGUAAAAAUGAAGUGUAAAAUGAGGAUAGAGGAGGAUUACAUAUUAUCGAAUGUUAAAAUAAGUAAAAGAAAAGAAGGUUAGAAGGAUUUGCUGGAGAUACGAUUUAAACUAGAAUACAAAGCAGGGAGGUGAGAGGAAGUCAUGGAAAUAAGUAAAAGGGAAAAAGGUUGUAAAGGUUUAAUUUGAUUUUUGUCAUUCUUUAUUGUAAUGUAUGUUUAUUCUUUGUUGAGUUUUUCUUAUUGUCUGUUUUUUGUUAUAUGUUUAUUCUAUUUUGUAUGGUUUUUUCUUUUUUUGUAAUUUUAAAAUUGGAAUAAAUAUCUUAU